AUGAUGUCCUCCAAGUUGAAGUGGCUGAUUGUGAUCCAGCUCCUGCUCAAUGAACAGGCCCUGUGCAGGGUUCCACCUCCUCUGGCACUGAGGGACACUCUGCCUCCAGGAAUUGAUACCCAUGAAGUGGUAGAGGAGCCGGCCAAACAGGAUCAUCACUCUGUCCUGGGAACCCAACCACAGCCUCAUCUCUCAACUGCUGUUCCUGUAUCAGUGCUCGCACAACAUGAGGAGAGAGUCCAAUCUGCCCGACACAUGACAUCUGUCCUCAGGGCGAAGCUUCAGGGCCAGAUUCAAGAUCAUCUCAACAUUCAAGGGAACGUCAGCUGUGAGGAGCUGCUGUCUGCCAGCGGUGUGGAUGACCCAUUAUCCUCCAUGUUACCCCAGGAGCUGCUGGGUCUCUCUUUAGUGCCUGUGUUGGUGAUGGCUGGCUGCCCAAAGGAGGCACAAACCCUGGUGCUGAAGCUGUAUGACCUGCUGGGUGUGGAUGAUACAGAGGAUCUCCUGAUGGAGGUGGAGGGUCUGAUAGAGCGGAAGAUGAGGAAGUCAGCAUCGACACCAACACCUGCAUCAGCAGCAUUGCCGUCAGAGAGAGAUCAAGCUGGGUGCCACAUCGAAGCUGUGAUGUUCAACAUUCAGCAGCUGGCCUUGGUGAGAGAAGGCACCUCUAAGCAGGAAGGACACUGUAAGGGUUGGACCAGGCUGAAUGGAACCAUGCUGGUGGGAGCGGCUGUGGAAGGAUCCACAGGUGUACUGGAGGAUGCUGUGAGCAGCUGUGAAAAACUGGGAGCCCUGUGUGCUGGUGUGACCAGCGACGGAGCUCUCACACCUGGGAUGUACCAUGCAGUGUUAAAACAAGGCAGUCGCAUCCUGCCAUCCGAAUCCGCCGAGUCCAAGUGCUGGAUCCGUCAGUGCAGCGCCAAAGAAAAUGCUUUGUUCACUGCAGGCUCGGGCCAGCGGAUGAAGCGCAGCCCCCAGAGGAGCUGUAUCAACAAGAGCGAGGAGCGCGUUUACAAUGUCGUGGAGUGGAUCCCUGCAGUCAGCACCCUCUACAACCUCGGAACAGCUGUCUAUUAUGCUUCAGUCAACUGCUCCGAAACAGCCAAGGAGAGGGCCAUCCUUAGUGCUGUCGAUCUGGGAACAGAUGCCCUCAUGGUGGCUACAGGUGGGACUGCUGGGGUGGCAGGCUACGCUCUGGGUGCAGGGGUGAAGACUGGCGUGAAAGCUGGGGUCAGAUACCUGCUCAACUCCAUGAAGGAGGAGGAGGACGACGUGCUGGUGAACCAGUUCAGCUGGGAAGAGGGCGUCAUCACCAUCCAGUAGACUGAAGGAUCCAUACAUCAGUCUCUGAAGCUUUGACUAUACACACUGACAUAUUUAGAUACAUUUUUAAAGACAGGGAUCAGGAUCUGUUAGCUUGCAUAUUUGCAGAAUAACAAAUAAUAUUGGCAGACAUUUUAUAAUCUAGAUUGUUUAGAAUACAAGAUUACACAUUAAAGUAUUUUCUCAGUGGAUUAUCAGACUCAAGUUUUGACAGGGGAAUAUAGCUUUUAUUUGUUUGUGUGACUAUGCACACACAAACUUCAUUUUACAUAAUUUUACACAAAUGCUACUCUUACUAUCAUUAGUGUCUUCAAAUCAAAGCUAACAACGCAAUGAGAAUUCAGUUAGAGUAAAAAACUAUUUCAUUAAGCAUUAACAGUUAAAAUAAUCUUUAACCUCAAAAGCUUUAAGCCUUUGUUUAAAGAUAAUCUCUUUUUGUGUGUAAUGGAUAAAGUAGUUGAACAAUUUAUCAUAUUGGCAGCAACACUGAAGAACUGGUCUCAGGAAACUAAACCUUCAAUCCCUCAACAUUUUGAUUUUGCCUUCCAUCAGUGUCGUCUCCUCUGUUCAUCGCCUUUUGUUUAUUUCUCUUCCUCCCAUCAAAUCCUAUCACUGGGUCAGAGUCACAUUCCCAGCUCUGGUGUCAUUGCAGGGACAGUAGAUUGACAACUAAAUUUUGUUGUUUUAUAUGUUUGUUUGUUGCUCUUUAAAUGUUAAUAAAUGGUGUAUUAAAUUUGAGUGCAUGCAGUGGUUGUCAGUGUGGUAGUUCAGUAUAUCAUGUGAUUGUUUGUUCUUGCAGCCUGUUGUGAGCAGCUGAAAAGUCUGCAUAUCUUAAGAUAAUAUAAUUUAAUGUGCAUUUUCACAUUAAAUUAUAUUUUAGC